CCCAGCAUGGAGCUCCUCGGACUCUCCACCUUACUGCUCGUGGUCUGCGUCGUAUUCCUGCUCUAUGCUUUAACGCAAAGCAGUCCGAAUCCGGGCAAAGCGCGGCUCCCCCCCGGACCGACCCCGCUGCCCGUUUUGGGGAACAUUCUUCAUCUCAACGGAAAAAAGAUCUUCACGUCGCUUGUUAAACUCGGUGAGAAAUAUGGUCCGGUCUACACCGUUUACAUGGGCAUGGAGCGAGUCGUGGUCCUCUAUGGUUACGAGGCGGUGAAAGAGGCGCUGAACGACCGCGGGGAGGAAUUUUCGGGUCGGGGGCACAUGCCGCUUCUGGAUAAGAUAAGCAAUAACGGUCACGGCGUCGUUGGCAGUAACGGCGAGCGCUGGAAGCAGCUGCGCCGAUUCUCUCUCAUGACCCUGAGAAACUUCGGGAUGGGGAAGAGGAGCAUCGAGGAGCGAAUCCAGGAGGAAGCGUCUUUCCUCAUCGAGGAGCUCAGGAGAACCAACGGGCAGCCUUUGAAUCCCACCUACUACUUCAGCAGAGCCGUGUCUAACGUCAUCUGCUCGGUGGUCUUCGGGAACCGGUUUGAGUACGAAGACAAGAACUUUCUGCGGUUACUCGGCCUCUUAAAUGAAACAUUUAGAGGCUUCAGUUCAGUUUGGGGUCAGAUGUAUAACGUAUACCCAAAGGUCUUCGGGAAAUUACCCGGACCCCACAACAAGCUCUUCGACGCCAUUAAGGGGAUAAAAGAAUUUGUUUCGGAGAGAGUCAAAAUGCACCAGGAGACCCUGGACCUCAACUCCCCCCGAGACUUCAUCGACUGCUUCCUCAUAAGGAUGGAGCAGGAGAAGAACAUGCCAGACACCGAGUUUCACAUGGAUGGGAUUCUUAACACCACGUUUGAUAUGUUCGACGCCGGGACAGAAACUGUGAGCACAACGCUGCGUUACUGCCUCAUGAUCCUUCUCAAGCACCCGGACGUGGAAGAACGUUUACACCAGGAGAUUGACCGGGUCGUUGGCAGAAACAGAGCGCCGUGUAUCGAAGACCGUUCGCGCAUGCCGUACACAGACGCCGUCAUCCACGAGGUCCAGAGAUUCAUCGACCUCAUACCCCUUGGACUUCCACACAAAGUGACUCAAGAUGUUGAAUUCAGAGGAUACUUUAUUCCCAAGGGCACCACCAUCUACCCGCUGCUCGGUUCAGUUCUCCGCGACCCCAAGCAGUUUAAGAAUCCGAACGACUUCAACCCGGGACAUUUCCUGGAUAACGAGGGAAAAUUCUCCAAGAAAGACGGAUUCAUGCCGUUCUCCUCAGGGAAGCGGAUCUGCGCCGGAGAGGGCCUGGCUCGCAUGGAGCUCUUCUUGUUCCUCACCACCAUCCUGCAGAACUUCACGCUUAAGUCUGCCGCGGACAGAGAAGAGCUCGACCUCACCCCGGAGAUCAGCGGAUUUGGAAACAUUCCCCGAGCCUACCAGCUGAGCUUCAUUCCGCGCUAACAGAGACCGACGAGGGCGACGUGUUUUUAUUAUAACAAAGG